UAUCGAUUAAGGAGGUGCGUGCUUAAUCACACAGUCUCAAGUCCACGGCGCUGCCAUGAGUCCGAGUGAGCUCGGGUGGUGCGCGUCGUGAAAACCAGUCGACCUCCAGGCAGGCCGGAUGAGUGGAAAUUCAAGAACUUGGUGCUGCCCGUGUGAAAUAUGAAAGGGCCGUUUCGACUAUUGGUGCUUUACGGUCUGGUGACCUUGGGAACCUCCCAAGUGGAGGUGGAUCGGUUUGUGAAUGGGAGCAGGGGGAAAGAGGUCAUCCUGAGAUGCCUCUACACGGGGCCACAAACAUCCUGGACUAUAACCUGGCAGAAAGGAAACGGAGAGUCCUCAGUGAGAAUAGCCUUUGCCAGUCCUGAUGGUUACACAAUUGACAAUGACACCAACUUCUAUGGGCGACUGAACUUCACGAAUUUCGCCUCUGAACUGAAGGACGGAUCCAUCCGCAUUGAAGAUCUGCGUCUGGAGGAUGAGGGAGACUUCAACUGUGGCUUUGGCACUCAAAAUAACGCUGGAGCAACAAUCAGCCUCACUGUGCAUGCUCCCCCGAACGUCUUCCUGGAGUUGAACCCAUCCCAGUUGGUAGACGGCAUGGGGCUGGUGACCGUGGCCACGUGCAUCGCUCAGGAAGGAAAACCCGCAGCCUCCAUCACCUGGAGUGGCCUCAAUCAGGGCAGCUCCAAUGAGACCACAGAGGUGAAGCCCGACGGCAUGGUCACCGUGAAGAGCCGCUACUGGAUGGAGCCCAAAUACGAGAGCCACGGGCGGACGCUCACCUGCUGGGUGGAGCACCCAGCAUUUGAGUUUCCAAUGAAUCUCUCCACCACCCUCGACAUCUACUUUCCCCCGAACGUCUCCCUGGAGUUGAACCCAUCCCAGUUGGUCGAGGGCAUGGGGCUGGUGACCGUGGCCACGUGCGUUGCUCGGGAAGGACAUCCCGCAGCCUCCAUCACCUGGAGUGGCCUCGAUCAGGGCAGCUCCAAUGAGACCACAGAGUCGGAGCCGGACAGCACGGUGACUGUGAGGAGCGAGUACCGGAUGGAGCCCACGCACGAGAGCCAGGGGCGGACCCUCACCUGCAGGGUGGAGCACACGGCCCUGGAGCCACCUCUAGUGGAGCUCUCUACCACCCUCGACAUACACUACAAACCAAGUGUGAGUAUCUCUGGCUACGAUGGCGAUUGGUACGUGGAUAAGGAAGGCGCCUCGUUAACUUGUAAAGCAGACGCGAACCCUAACAUCACGCACUACCUGUGGGACAGGCGAGACAGCUCCCUGCCCCACGGGACGGUUGUGAACGGCAACUCCCUGUCCUUUGAGCGGCCGCUAGUGGAGUCGGACUCUGGGUCGUUCUCCUGCUGGGCCAAUAACUCGGUGGGCUGGGGCGAGGCGGUGGUUCUCAUUACCAUCCGGCCAGGUACAACCACCGCUGCUACAACCACCGCUACUACAACUACAUCCACUGCUACUACAACUACAUCCACUACGCCCAUCGCAGCCACAACACCAGGUGUUGCUGAUAAUGGUGGUGGUGUUGACACCGGGAUCAUAGCUGUCGCCGUCAUUGUGCCACUGUUGGUUUUGGCUGCAGUGGCUGGAUCAGUCUUCUUCUUCUGCAAGAAGAAGGGGACUCAGGCAACGAAGAAGCGAAAACAUGGCCAGGACGCUCCAGUAGGUUCCGCACACCAACCGCAGCAGCAGCAACAUCAGCAGCAGGACGAGCAUCAUCAGUACGAAUACAUCGAUGGGAAAUUCCCAUCCCACAAUCUGGAGUCACAACAGCCGCCCCCUGGCAGUGCCGAAUUCGACAAUGCGCAUGCAGAAAUCACUUCCAACUGGAACAACGACAGAGAACGUCUGAAUGAGAAUAACCUGAAUUCUACUCAAUCGAACCCACAAAACCAAGAGGGCGUUCACUACCAGCCUCUGAAGCCGACCACAGAGAAAACUUAUGAUAAAUUAAACCAUCCCACGUACGAGAAUGUAUGAGAUUGAGCACUUUCAGCACAUUGCACUAAAACGACACGGUUAAAACCAAUGUACACGAGUUUAAUUAGAAGUUUAAUUUAUUCGGGAAUUGUGAUGCGCACACGUAAUAAGCACUUUGGAGGUGGAGUUAGUGGAUACGAUAGGAUCGUGUUCGGUGAUGGUUUUAUCUUUAAGUCGUCCAAAGUGAGGUGCGGGGGAAGGACAAUAAAAUAAAAACACGAAAGCAGUUCUAAAGAAAUUAGUUUAAAAUCUAGGCUUAUCCGUGUGGACUUUGGGCAUGGAUCUCCUUGUAUAUGUGGUGGGUUAAUUCUGGCUCUCCAAUUUAUUGCCCAUAUCAUGAAAAUAACAGAAAAUGUACUCAAUAAAUUUGCCAAACAUCUCAAGCAGAACUAUGCGAGCAUCAUUUCUAAGCAGUUUGAGAUGCAGGUAGACCAGCACAGCGCGUGUUACAACUUUAAUGACUUUCGGACAACACUAAAUAGAGGGUUGCUAUAUUUUGCUUCACGCAGAUAACUUGCUCAGGGAUGACACGCAUAUAACUUGGGCCAGGGGUGGCACGCAAGUGGCGACGACGCGAAGACAUCAAGGACAGCGACAACACGAAGACAACGUAGACGCGAAGAAAGCGACGAAAGUGAUGACGUGAAGACAGAGACGAUGCGAAGACAGCGACGGCGUAAAGACAGUCGACUCCGAUCCCACGGCAGCCCCGAACUUCGCCGAUCUCCCCGUUUUAUCCAAGGCGUGGCCCUCACUCCGCGCCCGGCCACGCCCCCAUUCUCGAACUCUCUAGAACUUUCCAGAUGGUUCCCUUCUUCUCAUAACUCCCCUCUGUUAAUAUUCAGCCCUGUAAAUACUCCCCGUAACCACUGGGCGAUGCACUGUCCCUGUACCCGCACUAUCUCUACACAAGCACUGUCUCCAAACACACAUUGUCUCUACACAUGCACUAUUUCUACACAACCAAUAAUACAUUCUAUCACAAAAAGACAAGAGGUUCUACAGAACUUGCUGAAUCAAUUUGAAUGGACAUGGCCGUCCAUCCAUCAGUCCCCCCACUAUCUGUUUUAUCGAGCCAGCCAAACGAACCCAGAAAGAACAGCUGCAAAACACAUGUUCCUCACAUCGGGUGCAAUGGCAACGUCAUCGUCAGUCAGAGGCAACGUCACAAUGACACAGGUACGAGCCAAUCCGGAGGCUCGAAUAUCCCGCCCAAUCAGGAGGUGGGAGGUUUUUUAAGUGUGUCAACAGGGUUACAUGCUGACAGCAGAGGUCUCACUCCGAAUCGGUCGAGCGGCAUUAUCUUUUCAUCGGUUGCGUAACGCUGUGUGGAAGCUACCUGGUCUGUCGCUCUGCACGAAGCUUCAGGUUUUUUAAGCUACGGUCAUUCCCUCCCUUCUCUAUGCUUGCAAAACGUGGACCCCCCUAAUGGAACAUCUUCGCCGGUUAGAAACAUUUAGGCUGGCCUGCCUACAAUCCAUAUUGGGUUUAACCAGGCUAGGAUUGCGUGAAAAGCUCACAUAUCCUUGAAAGAUCUGGACAAAUUCCCAUCGGUGAGCUCCUUUGGCAGGCAAAGCUGCGUUGGCUGGACCAUGUAGCCCGCAUGCCCAGCCACCGCAUGCCUAAACAACUUUUGUUCGGCCGGAUUGAGGGGGCUAAACGGGCACGGCAUGGGCUAGAGAAGAGAUGGAGUGAUGUGUUAAAGGAUGAUGUGGAGCUGAGUGGACUUGUCGAUGACUGGUACCAGCGGUGUCAAGAGGCUCGUGAACGAUGCUGUCUACUGGACAGUUGGAGGUAGUCGCCAUCCAGCAAUAACGGAGGGCAGAGGAGCGACACUCACAACGAGACAGAACAGCAAGUUGGCACAGUAAGGAGUACAGCUGCCAUCUGCUGGGUCUGUCCCGUGACCUGAGUCGAGCCUUCGACACUUCACGUGGCCUCAACGUGCACAUAGACUGGCACAGGCACUGUUGUAACGUCACAGCCACUUAGCGGCUAAUGGCAGCUGUUGUGAACACGUGUGGAUGUGAGUGAACGCGAUUGUGUGGUGUCUGUGCUGGGAGAGGGGGUACGACCUAAGCGUUCCCUUGAUCGCGUCGAGCCCUUCUCUCUCGCAGGUUUAGCUAUCGCGGUUUUGCAUAAAAUGUUUUAUUGACAUGCUCGACGAUUCGCAGUUGACCACGGGAUUACUUGUACAGUAUGCAUCGUAAGGAAGCACUGUACAUGUACUCUAACUGCACUCUGCUUGCGAUGAUGCUCUGUCUCAUCUCCAUCUUGUCUCCAUCUCUUGGGAAGAUAUUAAAUGUCUUGGAGUUUAAUUUUAACAUUGACACCUGUCCCACAUUAAAGUGGGACAGUUGUUUUGCAGAUGUUACACUCCUGAUUUCAUGUUUGUCAGUAAAAUACGAUUAAUCUAAUUAACAGUUUUGUUUUUUAUUUGAGAUAAUUUUUGUAAAUGAAAAAGUGCGUAUUUGGUUUGUGCAGUAUUAGGACAUGUUGGAGGCACUACAGAUUUUUUUGGGCAGGUGUGUUUUGUUAAAUAUUAAAAUAUUUCUUAUUAAAUGUUAGUGAAAUAUUCUGUAUGUUAAAUGUUGUUAGAAAUUAUAAGUGGCUGUUAUCACAAUUGAGAUUUGGGCAGACUUGGCACCUGAGGAAUUCAGCUGCGGUGUUGUGACAUGGAGGGUGUUUCUGAUUCGCAAUUUCUGAUAUGCCACUGCCCUUCUGAAGAAGACUUUUGAAAAAAGUUUUACGUUUCACAAACUCUUGAUGCUGAGCUGUUGUGGAGUCGCACAUUU